AUGGAGCUCAGAUCUGCUUCAGCUCCUCGGGAGCUCCACAUCGACACCACCAUCCCUGUCGCAUCCAGUUCCAGCGACAUCGAGUCCGAUCUGCCCGCGCUCGAAGCCACUCCGCUUUCUCCCAAGGUGGACCGAAUCCGACAUCAUCUCAUCCCGGCUCGAACCAACACUUGCGUUCGUGCUCCUUGUCUCAAGAGGCAGGCGUCCGUUCCCGUCUCCAAAAUCACUUCCGAUUUGGCGGCUACGCGUCUCGAAGGCAAUCCUACCCAGGAUCGGGUCGCUUCCAACCCUUUGCCCACCUCGUUUGCUGCUCCGCGCAACCUGGUGCUGCAAGCCAACUUGCGCCAUGUGCACUUCGAUGAGGCUCCGCCAGAGGAGUUCUCUGUUCUUUCGGGCGCAUCAUACGACCGUCGUCCCAUCAAGUGUACACGAGGAGGUUCGGAGUUCGACAUGAGCUUGCCACCCCGCAGCUCGUCGUAUAAUGGAGAUGAAACCAGCGAAGAGGAGGCUUCCUCGAUAGAUGAGUCUUUGACCGCCAUGGAGUCCGCCGAAGAGCCUGCACCGGACGUUGGCUUCUUCCAGGACCCCUCACUCGAGAACUGGGCUUGCAUCAAAAACGGCACGGUCAUCGCCUCCGUUGGCUAUCAGCCACGACAACAGCAGUCUGGUCUCAUGGCCAGCGGCAAGUCGCUUCACUUUUCUGCCCUGUCAUCCCUGCAGCAUGCUUCGGCCCUCAAUGGAGGCGACGCCCCCUCGAGCAACGAAGCAUCGCAGCCGCAAGCCACCUCGCAGAAGGUGAGUCUGCCCGUGCACGGCUUCCGCUCCUUUGGGGGUCUUCAGAACAGCCUUGCACCUGAAGUCACUGCGCCCGCUCCCGCCGAGCCGCAGCCAGCUUCGCAGCACAAGGACCUGUCCAGCCCCGCCACGCCGCCGACAACACGAAAGUUCUCGCCGGACGCUACUCCUAUGCCCAGCCCCAGCCUACACAAGUCGAUGGGCUCUUUCGCAAGCGCCAACUACUUUGCUGCUGCCUCGGACGACUCGUCCUCCAGCAUCGCCGACCGCAGUCACAGCAAAGAUGCCCCGAGCAGCGACACAGCGACGAAGGAGAACGCGCUUGGCGUCGUCGAGGUCUUGCGCGACACGGCGGUCUCAGCGUCCAGUCCGGUGAGACAACCUUCUCCCUUGAGAGAACCCGCCCAGGCCGAGACAGGUCGAAGCAGCCCACUGUCGGGCAAGCCGAAUUCCAUCAGCAUACAGGUGCCUGACGCAGCAGCGCGUUCAGCACCACGUCGCCUGGGACUGGAAAGGAGGAUGGCGGAAAAGGACGCAGCGCGCAUCUCGGGUCUUCAGCCGCCCUCUCCUCUCAACGGCAGUGGUGGCGCAUCGUCUCCUGGCUGGUCGGGUCUGCUCGGUGUCACUUCGUCUCCCCUCUCAUCGCGUUGCUCUUCGGUCGACCCUUGGAGCAGUCUGAGCAGCGACGGAGAUGCCGACGGAAUCGAGUCGCCAGGCAACGAGAACAGCUGGAUCAGCAGCAAUUGCACCAGUCCCGAUCUCAGCGCGUUUGAACAAAUGACGGCCGACAGCCUUCACCACGAAGCUGGCUUGCGCAGCACUGCUGAGUCAAGGCCCACCUGGAUGCGCCCCAACGGAAGCGCGCCGAACCGCGUCAAGGUGACGGCGGAGGCCACCGACGACUGGAAUCAGGAGCUCAAUACUCCCAAAACCACGGGCUUCGCGGAUGAGGCGAGGUUCUCUUCCUCGGUUGAAACGGUCAACACUGUCAACUGGGAACCCAAGCAUUUCGCAGGCAUGCCGUCUAGCAGUCGUCUCGCAGUUGUUUCGAACGGCGAGAUCUCGACAUCCGAAGCGACCACACCAGAGUCGUCUCGCCGACCGAGCUUGCGUUACAAUGACACGGACUCGCAGCGCCUGUCGCCCAAGAUCAGGACCAGCUUUGAAGACCACGAAGAUUCCGCCAUGGACAACCGUGACGACGAUGACCCUCGCGCGAUCCGUGUGCGCUCGCUCAGCCGAGACGGUCACGUCAAGAAAAAGUCGACCAAGUGUCGGUACUGCCGAUCGCUUCGACAGCGUCUCAAGGAUUCGGGCACAGAGUCCUCGGCCCCCACUUCGUCUGGUGGAUCCGCGCAGAUCACGGAUGCUGAGGAGGAGGGCGAAACCAAGACGGAGCGAUCGGCUCUGGGCAUGUUGUCGCCGCAGCUUGCCCGCAAAUUGGACGGCGGAGAUCUUCCAGGCUCGAACGAAGUGUCCGAGAUGGAAGACGAGGGCCAGCGCUUGCGUUCAUCGCUUUCGCCACUGCGCGCCAGCGUACGCUCACUCAGCGUGGAAGGACGGUCUUCGUCUCGUUCUCGAUCGCGCGACGGAUCCGCCUUUUCGCUCCUGUCGGUAGCACGCGACUCGCAGCAUGAGCGCGAGUCGUCCAACUCGCCAGGCGAAAGCUGCUCCGAGUCGCCGCACCUGUUGGCGGUGAAUGUGCCGACGAUGUGCACGUGCGACAAGAAGCGCGAAAAGGAGCGCCUCAAGAAGAAGGUUCGCAAGGAACGAGAGAUGGAACGCGAACGUGAUCGCGAAUGGGAGCGAGACCAGGCUCGAGGCAGACAGAAGAAGCUGUUUGGCGAAGGCUUUGGCGAUGCCGACACCAGCCUCUCUGCUCUGGACGGGUUCUAA